AUGGACAACUCCUGCCUCCUUGACCUCCUCAUCAGGUGCUUCGCGAUGACCGAGCCCGAGGACCUCAACUUCACGGCGUUCACCGACCUCUGUCGGCUGUGCUCCUUGAAGAGCGGUCCCAGGCUCCACAUCUUCGAUAAGGAGUCUGAGCAGCGCCAGAUCUUGUUUAAGCUCAGGACCUGCCUGCCGACUAUGCAGAUAUCGAAGGACGACUUUCUGCCGAAGAAGAUCUGCGAGCGCUGUGUGACGCGGCUGGAGCAGCUGUACGAGUGGCGCCAGAGCUGCCUCAGCACCGACUCCGUGCUGAGAAACUACGCCGAGUCCAUGAAGAUCGUCACCUCUACUAUCAACUUUCAGGAUGGGACGGUUAACAUGGACAAAAUGACAGAAGCUCAAAAAACAGCAUACCUAGAAGCGCACGUUGCCGUCCAACAACAUAUGGCACAAGCAGCAGCCGCUGCACGCCGUGAACAGCAGCAACAACAACAACAACAGCAGCAACAACAGCAACAGCAGCAGCAACAACAGCAGCAGCAGCAACAACAACAGCAGCAGCAACAACAGCAGCAGCAGCAGCAGCAACAACAACAGCAGCAGCAGCAACAGCAGCAACAGCAGCAACAACAGCAGCAACAACAACAACAGCAACAACAGCAGCAACAACAACAGCAGCAGCAGCAACAACAACAGCAGCAUCAACAACAGCAACAAAAUAAUAAUAACAAUAACGCGAGACAUCAUCAAGAAAUGCAGAUAAUAUUCCCGCAACAAACUCAGAACGGCAACGCUCAUCAAGGUCAUCCAUCGCCACCCACAGUUAGCUCGACUCAGCAUCACUAUGCUACCAUCAAUUCUCCUAUAAAAGUACCGCAAGUCAGCUCCAGCACCGGUGGUCCAGACAGCACGUUUACCGUACCUGAUGAUGUGGGCAUGGGAUUUGAAGGAGGCGUUCGAGUUCUACAAAGUCUUGGCAAUUGGUCGCCAGAAGUGACGCACAACAUACCGAGGCCAAACUUGAUUCCUUUCACGGAACCGUACGCAGAGGGAGGAUCGAUGCACCCGGGGACUAGAUUAAAAGCGUUACAAACAACUACUGUUAGAAAACAUCCAGCCAUUAAACCUACUAGCUCAACAAGUGAAGGAAGUAAAGCGUUUGAGUGCACGGUCUGCGGCAAAGGCUUAGCUCGUAAAGAUAAGCUGACGAUUCACAUGCGAAUACAUACAGGAGAAAAGCCGUACGUUUGCGAAGUAUGUAACAAAGCGUUCGCCCGCCGAGAUAAACUAGUGCUACAUAUGAACAAACUGAAACACAUAACGCCAUCGAACAUAGCGCCUUUAGGUAAAAGAACCAUCACAAUACCACUUUAGAUUUUUUUAUUCUUACAACAACAUGUACCCUUUGACUAUUUUUUCUAAUAAUCUUGAAUUUCUGCAGCGUUAAAGCUAGAUGAUGUGAAGCCACAGCUAACUAAGCAAGAGGACACAAAACCAAGUCAGGCAGAAAUAGCGGCAGCUGCUGCCCAGCAGCAACAACAACAACAUUCACACCAACAGCCGAUCCAGGUGUGCCAGGUACCUGGACACAACUUUACGAAUACAAACCUGGUGCACACUAGUGCAGCAAGCGCGGCCGUGGCAGCGGCGACUGCUGGCAUGGUGGUCUCCUGGUCCUGCGAACUGUGUGGCAGAUUGUUCGCAACUAGGGACGAGUGGAGCGCCCACGCCAAAUCACAUCUACCUGAUACUAAACUGCUACAGGAUAAAAUGCAGCAAGCCACGCAACAUCAGCAACAGGAAAAGGUACACUUAUCAAACCAGGAGAAACUACAACUUCUUCAUCAUCACAAUCAGAAUCAGCAGAUUUUGAACGGACACGGGAUUGCAACGGCAUCCGUGUCCACUGCCACCGUGGUCAACGAAGGGGGAGGCGGGGGAGGAGGAGGGGCGUACUUCACACAUGGUCACACACACUACGCUCCAGAGAGACAACACACACAUGCGCACCAUUUGUGUCUUAUGUGCAGGCAGGAGUUCGCUGGCAAAGCGGAGUUCAUGUUCCAUGUGAGAGGGCACUUCGAGGGCAAAGUGAGCGAUAUCGCGGCGGCUGACGUGUUAGCCCGUUCAUUAGUAGACAAUUCUGGGCUGUGUACCUGAGCCCCGCCAACGCCCCUCAACGCAUUUCACUCUGAUGCAUGUAAUAAGGGCGUCUUCCAAGACGACACUAUCAUGUUGAAGUUCUGAGACGCUAAUUGCGAGACAUUGGUUUCCAAGUGGGGUACAACGUUAAGACAUUGAGACCAGUAUUGAUAAGGUUCGGAAUAAAGUGGUUUUAUCGUUUAUUUUUCAUUUGGCAGUAAUAUUUCAACACAGUUCGCAGUAAACGAGUUUGAGUGCAAAAUAAGGUCAAAAUUACAAAUAUUUUAAUUUGCAAAAUAAAAUGGCAAACGGAUGAAGUCUGUGGAGUCUCGCAAAACAUUAGCACGCCUUACUAUUUUUAUGAAAUGCAAUAAUUAAUGAAAAAUUUUAUGUAAGUUACAGCAUGUUAAUGUCAGUACAACGAAACAAUAAUAUUGCUUUUUCAGAACUCACAUGAUUGAUUGUUAUCGGAAUAUUUUGUUGGAAAAAUUGACCUUGCCUGUCCGAGUUGAAGCCUUGUAGAUAUACAAAUGGAUGUGAAUAAUAAUGAUUAUAUGUUAAAUACAAAGCCCGUAGUUAUUUUGUGUGAUUAAAUGUUAACAAUACAUAUUUGUCAUCUCCUAUUAUGAAAGGCAAAGUCAAACUCCUUUUCUUCAAAUCUUUCUAGAAUACAAACAAUGGUUUCGUAACAGUUUCAUGCAUAAAAUUGAUUUGUUAGCUUUAAAAUGUUUUAGAUCUGCUAGCUGCUCAUAUUAAAAUCUUGUAAAUAGGUGAUAACUAGCUUAAGAUAAUAUUGUUAAAUAGAAUCCGAUAACGUCGCUUUAUUUAUUUUUAAUUUAGGAAGUAAGGAAAACCUAACGGAGGAUGAGUGAUUCUAGUCAUUUGAAUCUAGUCUAUGGAACCUAGUCUCUGGAUCCUAGUCAUAGAGUAAGUUUGUGUAUAAAAGUAUUUUUUAUAUCGAUGAGUUUAGGAGUAUUAUCGGUACUGUCUGUAGUACCCUAGCACGGAGUGUGUACCUAACUAGUUCGUAGGAGCUUCUACCUGCCAGUAUCUAAUCGAAUGUUGUUUAGAUAUAGUGAGCUUAAUGUAGGAAUAACUAUUGUUUAUGUGGGACACUUCCAACAAAUUUGUUUUAUAUAAAUUAUAGAACAGAUGCAAAACUGAUUGAACAGUGACCUGGAUAAGUAUGAGCAAAAACAUUUGAUAAGAGAACGCAGAAUAAAAUCAAAAUCACUGACGAAAAAAUUACAAUCAACUAACAAGUCAUAAGAUACGUUCUGUUGAAAGGAUCUCACAUAAUUAUUUAUAUUUAAUAUGAAUUCUUUGAUCAUAACCUUCUUUUCGACACAUAACUAGAACUUAUACAUAAAUUAAGAAUUAACUAUUUCUGUCUUCGAAUUUCAAAUAAACAAUUGUAAAGUAAACUGAUAAUUCCGAUAUUUCAUACAAUUGCAUUUGAAUAGUUAAAUGUUUCACUAGGUCAAGUGGUUAACUCAAAAGGCGUCCUUAACAAUCUAAAAAAAAACUAUUUGUAGAAUGAAGGAGGCAAAUGAUAAUAAAAAUUAUUUUUCCAAACAUAAAAACCGAUUUAAAUACGUAAUUUUCGGUAACAUAAAAUUCUUCCUAAGAUAAAAUGUUCCUUCACAAUGAAGUGGUUCAAUUCUCAUCAAAUUGGAGUCUACACAGUAUGGGCGCAUUUGACUGUUCCUAGAUUUUCUCCAAUUUAUACAUACUAUUAGUACCUAUAUUAAUCCAUUCCAUGUAUAAACUUCCUGUAGCCAGUUAGUGUAGUGCCUAUAUCCUCAAUUGAUUUGGUUGGUUGGCUAUUGUGUGGUCAGGAAAGUGGUAUGAAGACGAGGUCUGAUGUUAUCGCGGUGUUACUUAUCAUACCUAACGUUGUAUAGCAUUGUAGUCGACUAGAUCUCAAUUGUAAUUGCACCUUUGUUUUACUGAUGUUCGAUUUUAAAAGGAAUACAAGUUUACUUUCUUAUUUAGCUCCAAAAUAAAAACCGUUUACCUUUAACGAUAACCGAACCAUUUUUAGUUGUCGAAUCGCAAUUUGAGCAAUCGACGGCCAUUUCACACCUGAAUUAUAGUUAAAUGCCAAAUGUUAACUCAGGCUUACUGAAAUGCAUAUUUUAUUGCCUACGAUAGACGAUUCUGUUGAUUGUGAUCUUGUAUUCCUUGUUGACUUCGAAUAUGUUUUGCUCUUUUACGUAUCUACCAAAAGACCAAUGUCAGGGAAUGUUCUAGGUCCUAAAAACACCGCGUUGUCCUAAAAUUUCGGACAACGCGACAAUGUACUAUCUAAGUUUAUUUAAAAGACCUCUAAAAGGUAUGAUUUUUUGAGAUACGUUUCACUGACAUUGGUCUUUUGAGUCCACGAUCAUCACUUUUGAAAAGUUCCUGAAUCCUGUAGAUAAGUUUUAGGCGUGUUGUGCUAGAACCCCAUAGUUUGUGAUUGUAUCUGUAUGUUUCACGACAAUGCUGCGAACGUUACCUGUGACUUGUGGCAUCGAAUGAACAUUUUGGUGUUUAGUUGUAAGGCCUGGUGCUUGUUCCACAUACAGUUCAAUUAUUAUUUUCAAUUCUAUGGUUACGACACGGAUUAUAGACUUGUAAGACCCAAGUUCACAGCAAAAACAUCAGUUUUCCUUAUACAACUGUUUACUAUCAACUUUCCACGUUCAGUUUUCAAAGUAAUUUAGUGUUUUAAAAAAGACGUUUAUGAUGUCUGGGAAUUUGAGCUAAGACGAUUUUGUGCACAUGAUAUUCGAGAAAUAUUGCGUGAAUAAUUUACAACGGCCAUGAUUGUUCUAUGCUCAAUCUACUAGAUAACUGACGCCUAGAUAACAUAAUCCACGACGACGGUUUUAUUUACAUACUGAACUCCCAUAAACGUAGGUACCUAUGUCAAUAAACCUUGUCAUGCUUCAUUUGAUAUAAUUAAACAAUAAAGACAUUAGUGGCUGAAUGUGGAACAAACACAGAAUGAAUUUACCCCAAAAAGGGAUAAGUCAGAGCACGAUGGAAGUUACAAAUUUGAAUAGGGAUAGGCUCGUAUGUUAAAUUGUCACGCAAGUGACAAUAUAGGUGGGACGAUUAUGCAAUAUUAAUAGUUUUAUAUGAUUUUUAGUCAUUUUAGUAUAGUAUCGUAUAAAAAUGUAAAAUAAAUGAAUAACAUGUACGACUCCAUAAACCUUGGUUCAAGCAAUUUAUCGAAUCAUGACCCGAUUUAUAUAUAUUGUUUUAAUAGGUUAAGAUAAAGACAGAUUUUCAUUAAAAAAGAACAUAAAUCAGUAAUUAAAAACCUCUUGUAUGCCGUUAAUUAUAAAAAAAAAUAUAGAAAAACAAUAAUCUCGUUAUCUCUUUCCGACAUACAACGGGUUAAUCAUCGCAAAAAUCAGUUAUUUAAAAUUAUAUGUAUAUUCCAGUAUUCCAUUCCAUCGUCAACACAUAGUUUUAACUUCAUUAAAUAUCCUGUAAUAUUUGUAUAAUUAUAGAUCGUAA